GGAAAAUGGCGGGGAAGUUAGAGCCUUUGGCAAUGGAGCCGCCGGAAGUUGUGGAGGAGACCGGGGAGGCUGAAGGGCAGACCAAGCCUUUGAAGGUGCCUGAAGACUUGCUGGCAAUGGUGAAAAAGCUGCACAAAGAGGGAAGUCUGGAGCCACAGAUUGAAGACCUGAUUAACCGGAUUAAUGAGCUUCAGCAAGCAAAGAAGAAAUCCAGUGAGGAAAUGGUAGAGGCCCAAGCUCUCUGGGAGAGCCUGCACAGGGAACUGGACUCCUUGAAUGGAGAGAAAGUUCACCUAGAGGAGGUCUUGAGCAAAAAGCAAGAGGCACUGGGGAUCCUCCAGCUGCACUGCCAGAGGAAGGAAAGUGGAGCUCAGAGGAAGAACGUGUUGCAGGAGUGCACAGAGCAAAUUUCUGUCCAUAACUGUCAGGUUACAGAGAGUUGCAGGCAGAGGAAGCUGGGGGUUCAGGUUGAAGAACAGCUGGAGAAUUUGAUGAGCCAGCACAAGGACCUCUGGGAAUUGCACAUGUUGAAGCAGCGAUUGACCUGGGAGAUACGUGCCCUGCAGAGCAGCCAGGAGCAGCUGCUCACUGAAGAGAAACUGGCCCGGGACAAGCUGCGGGAGGUGGAGCGGAGGCUGCGCUCGCCACCCGAGGUCGGGGGCGCCCGGAUGGUGAACGACGGGCAGCCGGCGGAGGUGGAGAUACUCGAGGGGCAGGAGACUGCCCCAAACCGUUGCCCCCCAAAGGACGCGGCCUGCAAAGGAGAGGCCGGCCCCGAGCGCCCCAGCGCCCGCAGCGAGGACCUGGAGCGGCCCCCAGACCCAUAGGACCCGCCCCGCCCCCUCCCCCCACGCCCCUCCUUCGAAGGCGACCGGAAAUAAAGGCGCGGAUUUCGGACCGUCCGUCACCUCCAGCUUCAGUCUGUUCUCCAAUUCCUAACUGUUUCACCAACAGGGGCUAAAGGGAACGUGUUAAACACCCAUAUGAGGUCCUGUAUGUCUCCUAGUAAAUCCCAGCCUCCCAACAGCCCCUGCAUCCCCCACAGACGUCACUGACCUUGGGCCCCUUCCCUGCCCCCCUCACCCGGGCAGUUCCAGCCAGCUGCUGCUGCACCCUCUCCAAGUACUUUUUCAUCUCAGGACCUUUGCCCUGCUGUGUCCUCACGUGGGGGGGGGGGGGGGGGGGGGCUUUCCCCAGGUCUCUACAACAGCAAGUCAGUUAAGUAUGUCAGCUCCCUUGGAGGCUGACGUGGGGGACCCUGUUCCGAAAGGUGUCUUGUUGGGGCGCCUGGGUGGCUCAGUGGGUUGGGCAUCUGACUCUUGGAUUUUGGUUGGGUCAUGAUCCCAGGGUGGUGGGAUAGAGGCCCUGGUUCGACUCUGUUCUGAGUGUGGAUCCUGCUUAAGAUUCUCUCUCUUCCUCUGCCCUCAGCCCCUUCCCCCUUUCAAAAAAAAAAUAAAAUGAAUUAAAAAAAAUUAAAAUUCAAAA